AUGUGGAUGAACUACGCGGUAGUGAUUACAACUUCAAACGAAGCAAUUGGUCCAUUCAGGAACUCAAACAACACGACAGGCACCAACAAGGAGUCCAAAAGCGGGCUAGAAUCUGAGCUGUAUCACGUCAAGGAAGAGCUAAGGAAUGCAGAAAAUAAUAUUGCAUACCUUGUAGAAUGGAUGACAACAUAUAGGCGAAGAUGGCUGGAGGAGUACUACCACACUGACAACCUCGAGCGUUAUAUGCCCUAUGGAGUUUGUGUGCCCAACACCGGUCAGAUCUCGAAUGACACUGCUUCUCCCACAGGGUACUUGGCCUGCGACAUCGAAGGUUCAGAAAAGGGUGUGAUCUGUGAGUCUGCAGGUGUUAUUUUAGAAGAAGAGUAA